CUGUGCUUUGCUAUCAUAUCCACUCACACAGACACAGUGCCACAGCACAACACAAACAAGUGAACAACCUCAACAAACAAAAAGUGCUCAUACGUCACCUUUGAAAAACAAAAUCCCAAUUCCGACCCAACAAAAACACUAACCUGCUUCCUUUGUCCACCACCACCACCCAACACAAAACCCUAAACCUCAGAUCCUAUCAAAAUCUUUCCUUUACAUUAAACAAAUCAAAUAAAAACCUCAAUUUCCUCAAAUCCCCAUCUCUCUCUCUCUCUCUCUCUCUCUCUCUCUCUCUCUCACUCACAUUCUCCCCACUCUCUCUCUACAGUGGAAUCUGUCACCUUCAAUUGCAACUUUCCACCACUAACCCCAUUCCCAUUCUCUCUCUGGCUUUUUGGUUUGGUAUAUAAAAGAUUUGAGCAUUUGGGUAUGAGUCAAAUUGAAGGAGAGGGAGAGCUAGAGGCUCAGUCUAUGCCCCAACAACCCCAAGAGGCUCUGAAGAAGGGUUCCGACGAGACCGAACCGGUCACGGAAGAACAAGAGGUUGUGGAGGAGGUGAAGCCACCGUUGGAUGAUCCAAUGGAGGAAGAUGAUCAAAUUAGCUCCGCCACUGUUUUCACCAUCAGGCUAAGACAGUCUAGCUCCAAUUUGCAGCACAAGAUGAGUGUCCCGGAACUCUGUCGCAAUUUCAGUGCUGUUUCUUGGUGUGGAAAACUGAAUGCUAUAGCUUGUGCAGCUGAAACAUGUGCCAGAAUACCAAGUUCAAAUGCUAAUCCACCAUUUUGGAUCCCUAUACAUAUUGUGAUCCCAGAGAGGCCGACUGAAUGUGCAGUGUUCAAUGUCAUAGCAGAUUCUCCUCGUGAUUCUGUCCAGUUUAUAGAAUGGUCCCCGACCUCUGGUCCCUGUGCCCUAUUGAUUGCAAAUUUCCAUGGGAGGGUGACUAUUUGGACUCAACCUUCUCAAGGGCCACCUAAUCUUGUUCGUGAUGCUAGCUGUUGGCAGCGUGAGCAUGAGUGGCGGCAAGAUAUUGCAGUUGUUACAAAGUGGCUAUCAGGAGUGUCUCCGUAUAGGUGGCUCUCAUCCAAAUCUAGUGCUGCUGCCAAUUCAAAGUUGACAUUUGAGGAAAAGUUUCUUUCACAGCAAUCUCAAACUUCAGCUAGAUGGCCCAAUUUUCUUUGCGUCUGUUCUGUGUUCUCAUCAGGCUCAGUUCAACUUCGCUGGUCCCAGUGGCCUCCUAGUCAGAAUGGCGCCUCACCUAAGUGGUUCUGCACUAGUAAAGGACUUUUGGGUUGCGGGCCCAGUGGCAUUAUGGCUGGUGAUGCUAUCAUAACAGACAGUGGUGCCAUGCAUGUGGCAGGGGUACCGAUUGUUAACCCAUCCACCAUUGUCGUUUGGGAGGUCACACCUGGGCCUGGAAAUGGUUUCCAAGUGACUCCGAAAACAAGUACAACAUCUGGUGUCCCACCUCUGAGCCCACCCAACUGGGUUGGUUUUGCGCCUUUAGCAGCAUAUUUAUUUAGUUGGCAAGAAUAUCUAUUAUCUGAAGAAAAGCAAGGGAAAAAGCUGACUGACCAAAAUCUAGUUGAUGCUGUACCUCUAUACUGCUCACCAGUUUCAAAUUUUUCAGCAUAUGUGAGCCCUGAAGCUGCAGCUCAAUCUGCCGCGACCACUACAUGGGGUUCUGGUGUAACAGCUGUGGCCUUCGAUCCAACUUGUGCCGGUUCUGUUAUAGCUGUUGUUAUAGUUGAGGGACAGUACAUGUCCCCUUAUGAUCCGGAUGAAGGCCCAUCAAUUACGGGGUGGAGGGUGCAACGCUGGGAAUCAUCUUUGCAGCAUGUUGUUCUCCAUCCGAUAUUUGGGAACCCUACUUCUAAUAUGGGUGGACAACCUCCUAUGCAAACUGUUUGGCAGUCCAAAGUGGACCUGAGCAUACCCCCAACCAAUGAUUUUAAGAACCAUCAAUUAUCUGCAAGUGGGAUGGCUAUUGAUGUGCAAAAGUCAUCUGAGCCUGUUUCUGACAAGUCAAAGAGGGUCAAUUUCGAUCCAUUUGAUCUUCCAAGUGAUGUUAGAACACUUGCAAGAGUUGUUUACUCUGCUCAUGGUGGUGAAAUUGCCAUUGCUUUCCUUCGGGGUGGUGUCCAUGUCUUUUCUGGUCCAAAUUUCACACCUGUAGACAACUAUCAGAUUAAUGUUGGAUCUGCCAUUGCUGCUCCUGCUUUUUCUUCAACAAGUUGCUGUUCAGCUUCAGUUUGGCAUUACACUCUUAAGAACUGUACAGUACUGAAAAUAGUUCGGGUUCUUCCUCCUUCUGUUCCUAUUAGUCAAGCAAAGGCUGAUUCAUCAAUUUGGGAGCGUGCAAUAGCUGAAAGGUUUUGGUGGAGCCUUUUGGUUGGAGUUGAUUGGUGGGAUGCUGUGGGCUGCGCACAAAGCGCUGCGGAGGAUGGUAUUGUUUCGCUCAACAGUGUUAUUGCAGUUUUGGAUGCGGAUUUCCAUUCUCUUCCUUCUGUUCAACACCGGCAACUUUACGGUCCCAGUCUAGACAGGAUAAAGUGUAGGCUACUGGAAGGAUCAAAUGCCCAAGAGGUCAGGGCGAUGGUUUUGGAUAUGCAAGCCAGGUUGUUGUUGGAUAUGCUUGGGAGAGGAAUUGAGUCUGCGUUGAUAAAUUCUUCUGCUUUAGUGCCUGAUCUGUGGCAAGCGUCUGGUGAAACAUUAUCCGGCAUUGACCCUGAAUCAAUGGCUGUUGAACCUGCACUAAUUCCUAGUAUUCAGGCUUAUGUUGAUACAGUUCUUGAUCUGGCUUCACAUUUUAUUACACGUUUGCGACGUUAUGCAAGUUUUUGUCGCACAUUGGCAAGUCACGCUGUGACUGCAGGCAGUGGAAGCAAUCGCAAUGUGGUUACCAGUCCUUCCCAAAGUUCAGCAACUCCGGCAACGAGUCAGGGUCAAAAUGGGACCACUAGCUCCAUGGGAAGCACACAGUUGCAAACUUGGGUACAAGGGGCUAUUGCCAAGAUUAGUAGCACUACUGAUGGAGGGUCCAAUUCAGCUCCUAACCCCAUCAGUGGUCCUUCAACAUUUAUGCCUAUUAGCAUUAAUACAGGAACGUUUCCAGGAACACCGGCAGUUAGACUUAUUGGGGACUGCCAUUUCCUUCACAGACUAUGCCAACUUUUGCUCUUCUGCUUUUUCUUUCGGCGUACACAGCUUCCUCGAUAUAUGGGGGUUGCAAAUAGAACUGCUGAUACAAAGCCUCAAUCUAAUGCAUCUGCUCCUGGGAAGGUGGAGGAGAUUACAAAGCCUGUUUCAGCUGUGACCAAGUCAGAUGAUGGCCUGACAGGUCGAGCUGGUCAGCUUGUGCCUGGGGCAAAAGGAGGUGAAGAAGCACCUUCUGGACGUUCCAGAGUAGGUAGUGGGAAUGCUGGCCAAGGAUAUACAUUCGAAGAGGUCAAGGUGCUUUUUAUGAUGCUCAUGGAACUAUGUCGCCGGACAGCUGGCCUGCAACACCCAUUGCCAAUCUCUCAGGUAGGGAGCAGCAACAUUCAGGUUCGGCUGCAUUAUAUUGAUGGAAACUAUACUGUGCUUCCAGAGGUUGUGGAGGCAUCCCUUGGUCCACAUAUGCCGAAUAUGCCCCGUCCUAGAGGUGCUGAUGCUGCUGGUCUUCUACUACGGGAGCUGGAACUCCACCCUCCAGCAGAAGAAUGGCAUCGGCGGAAUAUGUUUGGCGGACCUUGGUCUGAUCCGGAGGAUGUGGAUUGUGCAAAUGAUAAAGCUAAACUUGUUUAUUCUGACCCACUUGAUUUCUGCUCAUCGGAGCAUGAUGAUGUAUACUCCGGAACCCAUCGCUUAUGGCCAAGGAAGCGGAGAAUGUCUGAAAGAGAUGCAGCUUUUGGGUUGAACACUUCUGUGGGCUUGGGAGCUUAUCUUGGUAUAAUGGGAUCUCGAAGAGACGUCGUUACUGCAACAUGGAAGACUGGCCUUGAAGGGGUCUGGUACAAGUGCAUAAGAUGUCAGCGGCAGACUUCGGCUUUUGCUUCACCAGAUUCUACUACCUCUUCUAAUCAGAAUGACCGGGAGACGUGGUGGAUCAGCCGCUGGGCAUAUGGCUGCCCAAUGUGUGGUGGAACAUGGGUUCGGGUUGUCUAGAUGGCUGACUAGGAAACUGAAGUUAACAUGCAGAUGGAGUGCUGACUGGAUUUGUACAGAAGACGUGUAGAUUUUCCUGACAAGUUGGUUAUCAGUAUCUUUGUUUUUGUUGGUGGCUGUGUUAUCUUGGGAUUCCUACUGGUCACUCCGCGGGGUUUUAAAUUAUUCAAAAAUUCAAUUCAUUCAGAUCUGAAUUUGUUUUGAGAAUUAUGGUCAAGUUACUCCACCAACAGUAGGUGUUAACAUAUGCUUGGAGUUUUUGUAGUUUACUCCUUCUUGCAGGUUGUAAACCCUCUGCCUGGUGUUUCAUGCAUUGCUGAUAUGGGAGUGGAUAUACAGAUAGGAUUAUUAAGAGGCUGCUGCUGGUGAAUUGGAGAUCAUUAACCUAUAUUAAUGUAUAACUGUCAUGACUCGUAUUAUAAUGUAUAAGAUUAUACUCUCCAUCACAUCUACACAUUCUCGAUUUUGUGUGGAGCUGGCAAGUAGACUCUUGUGCUAAAGUAGUUUGGACAAAGUCCAUGUAAUUAGUAGCUUAGCUUAGCAUUUUACUAUCUCCAUGAGAACCCUGUAACUUGAUGAAAUGUUUUUUAAAGUUUUGUUGGGGGGCAAUAGUGGUGCAUUAAAAUGAGUAAUAUGUAAUUUUCUUAAACUGACUAUGCAGCAUUGGAGCUGGUUGGUUGGUGGUUUGACAUCAGCAGUUUUAGUCGACCCAAA